AUGUCUAAUUUAAUAUACGAAUUUCUUAAUGACCCUAAAGUUAACCAAGUCGGAUCCGAAUCGAGGGCUGGACAUGAAAAAUCAUUAGUAGAAAUUCCAAUUCAAAAGGAAUUUCAAUCCAUUGAUCUCGGUACAGUGAUGGGCAAGGGGAAGAAAGCAGUGGUGGAGGAAGAAAAAGAUAUCCUUAAAAUGCAAAAGAGUGUGCCAAGACGUGGAGUAGCAGGGGUUCGUAUAGUAGUUGUUGAAGCCUCAUCGGUGCUGGGAAAGAGAAAAGCUGAAGAUGGGAAGGAGGUUCAGGAGGAUAUGGAGGUGGAUGAGUUACCAGUUCCGAAGAAGAGAGGUGAGCUCUCUGAAAGGCAGGCAGUGGGAAUUGAAGCUGUUACAAGGGACAGCAGUGGGGUUUUCGUGGCAGGGAUGGCUAAGAAGUGUGUGCAUAGCCUUGCAAGAAGCAAUGAGGUUUGCUCCUCUUCAAGGAAUAGGUUUUGGAAGGAGAUUCUAUCCAAAUUUUGA